GGAGGGGAAUGUGAACCCGUGUACCUUUGGCCUGUUAACACAAACCUGCCUUCCGCCCCGGGUUACGGAAACAGAAUCCCAGUCAAUCGUCUCGCUCGAUAUACAGCUCCUGCAUCAGUUCUUCAUUUCUCUAUCAUUUUUUGUUGUCUGUCGAUCUCGCCCCCCUCUCUCUCCGCCUCUCCCUAGCUCCUCUCCAUCUCUCCCUCUCUCCCAAGCUCUCUCCACUCUCCGUCUCUGUUAUUGCUCGAUAGUCAAAACUUUUUCCAAGUAUGAAUACUGGAAGAGGGCAGAACAAGAUGAAUUGGAGUGAUGAGGAGGAUCGUGCUCUCAUUGAAACCCUUCAAGAAGUGGCUGUUGAUAUAAAUUGGAAGAGUGAGAAGGGAUGGAGGGAUAGUUACUUGGUCCGGGUUGAAGAGUUGAUGGCAAUGAAAGUGCCUAUGGCAGGUUUAAAAGCUAAUCCGCACAUUGAGUCAAGGUGGAAGUAUCUGAAGCGAAAGUAUCACGCGAUAGCCGAUAUGCGAGCUAGUUCUGGAUUUGGUUGGGACGAGAAUUCAAAAAAAAUUCAAUGUGAUAAAAGCGUGUAUGACGAAUGGUGUAAGAGCCACAAGGAUGCUAGAGAUAUGUGGGGUGUUUCGUUUCCGCAUUUUCAUGCACUUGCAGAGUUGAUGGGGAAUGAUCGAGCAACGGGUAGUAAUGCUGAAAAUUUUGCAGAAGCAAUAGAGAAUAUGGGGAAUGAAACAAAUGACUCGAUGUUUAGUACUUCUACAGAAGAAGCUGAUCAAGAUUCUGUUUCCAAACCUGGUAAAAGGAAGCGAUCAAAGGACAACCCUGAAAAAAAUUUAAUUUCCAUGUUUGAUGAUGUAUCUAGCAAACUAGGCUCAUUUAUGGAGAAUAUCGAUAAGCAUCUUGGCAAGUUAGUUGCGAGCGAGAGUGAUGACAUGGCUGCUAAAGUGAUGGAGGCUUUGAGACAGAUGGAAGGAUUGUCCGGUGGUCAAGUGCUACAAGCUGCUGAAAUACUUAUGGCUGAGCCGCCUAAAUUAAAGGUUUUUUACCAUGCCGAUGCAGAGUUGAGAAAAGAAUAUAUUUAUCGUAUUUUAUUAGCUAAAAAUAAGUGAUCAAUGUUUCUUGAAUUUACUUAUUGUUAAUUCUGCA